GAGGUCGGCUUCGGAACUCACUCCCAACGCAAUAGUUUCGAGUGGACGGGACGAGCAUUUUACGCAGCUACGGAAAACCAAGAGGACAUGAGAUCGAUAUCCACGUGUUCCACUCCCUUGUGGGUCGCCGUGCUGUUAUUGAACGCUGCGCUCGGUACAGCAGACGGGACAACAGCGAGUUCGCGGCAGGAGAGGCAAGUGAAAGAGGAAAUUGACCCAAAGUGCCUUCCUACAGUGAUCGACAACUUGAGGUACGUCGCGGAUGCCACCCAGGUCACCCUCGCUUGGAAGCAAGUCACCGAAGAUCAUUCGUGCACUCGGCAUGGAGCUAAGUACAGCGUCAUCAUCACGUGGACACCGAAAGGUGAAGAAUUAAAAGAGGAUGAAAUUGCGCCAUCUGGUGACCACUACGUCAUCAGUGGUUUGAAGCCUUAUACCCCACUGGAAAUAAAAGUGUGGCUGCGGUACCUCGACGAAAAUGGAGACGAGCAUGGUGGACCACCCAGGGCUAUUACUCCGAGGACAGCAGUCAGCAAGCCAUCCUUACCGAAGAACUUCAAAAUAUCACAGUUUAAACAGGACGACGACAGAAAACUGGCAGUGACAGCAGUGUGGGACGCUCCUGAUGUUCUAAACGGCCCUCUGGACGGAUACGUGUAUCAAAUCUGCCCAGUGAAGACUUGCAACGAUAAUCCCGGCACGCACUGCAGGGAAGAUCGUAUUGCGCCCGAGAAGAGCUUCACUGUGUCAGGAGUAAGGCCGUUGGAGCGCUACUGGGUUUGGCUCGCUGGUUAUAACGAAGAUCCAACGAAAGACGGAAGGGAUAAGAAGGUGGUUGGCGAAUACAUACCGUUCUGCUUCCGGAUGCCGCCAGUUGACCUGGAGCCUACGAGAGACUUCAAUGUGCAGUGCACCCCUAGCCCGAACACGGUCACCGUCACGUGGAAAUUGCCAUUCGCAAACGACAGCGUUCCGGAAGGCUACAGAGUCGAAAUUACUGGAGGAUUGGCAGGGCUUGAGAAAGUGACUCACGAAGUAAACAUCCAGACUUCGUGUCACGAAGAGUGCAGCUAUUCGGUGGGAGGAGGCAAAGGAGGAGACACCUACUCGCUUACGCUCUUCCCCCACUACGAGGACGUUGGCACCUUUGGACUACACAUUGAUAAGAGGGAAUGUGUCAUGCCAGAAAGCGAACCACCGCCACCAACAAAGGAAAUCAAACUCGUUGCGGACGCCAGCUUGAACAAGACUGAACAGGCGUUUGAGUUUUCCAUUAGUAUGUUCAGUGACGAGAACGGUAAAAUCACUACCACAGAAUGGCUCAUAGCGCAGGACUCGCAAAUAGAUAAGUGUGGCGCUCCAGUGACGUGGAAGGAAGCUCACUCUCAAGACCCGAUCAGCUGCUACGUAGUGAAAUUUGACACAGAUGAUCCGCCUGCCUGUAAAACAGUGAAUGAUGUCAGAAGAUGCGUUAUUGGAACUGAGAAGGAAUGCGAAGGACACGGGUGUAAUGGUCAACUGAAAGUUGGUGUGAAGUACGGGAUAAAACUGAGGGGCUACAACAGCAAGGGACACGCCGAUUCGAAGGCUGCAUUCUUCACAGCUGGGAGUCCACCCCCUAGCAGCAGCGGAAAGAUCGGCGGUAGCUUCAUCGUCAUUUUUGCCGUCAUGUCUGUAAAAGCGCUCAUGGUGCAAGCACACUGACAAUAUGGAGACGCCUUAACCAUGGACACCGGUGACAACAUAGAACAGCAUAGCCUCAUGACCAUCGUCAGUUCACGAAUGUGGCCAUGGAAGAACGUUAAUAUCACCUAUUAUGAGUCAUAAAACAUUAUUACCAGCUCACGAAACCAGUAUCCCUCUUUCAUGAACCAUAGCACAAGGACGUCUUUGUGACAUCAGAGGGAAUGUUAUCGCCCUUCAUGAAAUAAACGAGUAUAUCGUUAUGCAAGGUAA